CAGCCUCAUUCGGCGCUCGGACACAAAGAUUAGCUGCGAGAAAAGAUAAGUGUUAUUUAGAAGGACUUUUUCACGUUUCUCGUCCAUUAUGAGAGAGGAAUUAGUGUGGGCCUGCAAGAAUGGAGAUCUGGAUCAAGUCAAAGCUAUCGUUGGAAAACCGGGUUUUGAUAUAAAUGCAGAGCUGCUUGGUGGAAGAAAUGGCCUUCACUUUGCUGCAGAUUAUGGACAAAAGGAUGUAAUUGAGUUUCUUCUUUCAAAAGGAGCAGAUAUCAAUCGUCCUGACAAAUAUGGAAUAACUCCUUUACUGGCAAGCAUUUUUGAAAGUAAAACAGAGUGUGUCAAGUUGUUGCUUCAAAAGGGUGCAAGGAAAGAUGGCAAGGCUCCAGAUGGUAGUUCCUAUUUUGAAUGUGCUGAAACAGAUGAUAUUAAAAGUCUUCUGAAAUAGAUUACCCAUAAAGAAUUGACGACUGGAACAAGAAUCUGUAGUGACGUCAAUAAUUCCCCUUGGUGCUGCCAAAACGGGGAUCCUAUAUGUUACCCUAGUCAUUGAUAAUAGAUUGGCGCUUUUUGUACAAAGAUAAAGAGAAACAGAGGAAAAAAGGAAACAGUGUCAUGUAAAAUUUAAUUCGUUUUAGGAAUUUAACUUCAUGUGUUUUACUACUAAGGAAUUUUGAAUCCGUAAUAAAAUUUGAUGGAUGAUAUUAAACGCUAGAAGCGAACUGUUAAGUUUCUGAA